GUACAAAUUAAUGUAAUGAAGGGCAUAAGUCAUCAGGAUCCGUGGCGCAAUGGUAGCGCGUCUGACUCCAGAUCAGAAGCACGUCUGGUUCAAAAAUCCCGAAAAUUUGAUCCUUAACUUUUUGUACUCUAUUUACAAAAACAGGACCCCCAUUAUUCUCUGGCUUUUCUGAAUAAGCCCUCAAUUUUUUUGUUAGAUCUGUAAAAUCCUUAUCCAAUAUCACAUUAAAGGAUUAGGGGAAAAAAAAUUCCCCUCUUCUCUCAACCAGAAAAUGACUAUAGACUACUUGUUGACAUCGCCUUCGUCGCUGAGAUUCUCCGAUUUCAUAUCUUCGUUUUCCCAAGAGACGGACCACAAAUGGCUUCGCAGUUCACCUAAACCCGGCGGUGCGAGGAAGAUGUCGACGACGACGAUAACCUGCGGUGCGAUUUCGUCAAGGAGAAAACUUGCUGAGAGAGAGAGCGCGGAGAGAGAGAACAGAGUGCUCGUACGGAGUCUGAUGUCGAGAAUCAGUGACAGAGAGCCAUUGGUGAAGACGCUUGACAAGUACGUCAAGGUCGUAAGGUGUGAGCAUUGUUUCUUGCUCUUUGAAGAGCUUGGGAAGAGCGAUAAGUGGCUUCAAUGCCUCGAGGUGUUCAGGUGGAUGCAGAAACAGCGUUGGUAUAUCGCAGAUAAUGGAGUGUACUCGAAAUUGAUAUCCGUGAUGGGGAAAAAGGGUCAAACCCGGAUGGCAAUGUGGCUGUUUUCCGAGAUGAAAAACAGUGGUUGUCGUCCUGAUGCCUCUGUUUACAAUGCCCUCAUUACAGCUCAUCUUCAUACACGGGACAAGGCAAAGGCCUUGGAGAAAGUUCGUGGAUAUUUCGACAAAAUGAAAGGGAUGGAACGGUGUCAGCCCAAUGUUGUGACUUACAAUAUCCUUUUGAGGGCCUUUGCUCAAUCGGGUAAAGUGGACCAAGUUAAUGCUCUGUUUAAAGAAUUGGAUAUUAGCGCUGUUUCUCCAGACGUCUACACCUUCAACGGUGUUAUGGAUGCGUAUGGGAAAAACGGGAUGAUCAAAGAGAUGGAAUCUGUGCUUACUCGUAUGAGGAGUAACGAGUGUAAGCCAGAUAUCAUCACCUUUAAUCUGCUUAUUGAUUCCUAUGGUAAGAAGCAAGAGUUUGAGAAGAUGGAGCAGACUUUCAAGAGUUUAUUGCGGUCCAAGGAGAAGCCGACUCUGCCUACGUUCAAUUCAAUGAUUAUAAACUAUGGGAAAGCUCGCCGGAGAGAUAAGGCCGAAUGGGUUUUCGAGAAGAUGAAUGAUAUGAACUACAUGCCAAGCUUUAUCACGUAUGAGUGCAUGAUCAUGAUGUACGGUUACUGUGGCUCUGUUUCCAGAGCAAGGGAAAUGUUUGAGGAGGUUGUUGAAUCUGAAAGAGUGUUGAAGCCAUCAACGCUCAAUGCAAUGCUUGAUGUUUACUGUCUUAAUGGUCUUCACAUGGAAGCAGAUAAGCUAUUCCAUAGCGCAAGUGCUUUCCGGGUUCAUCCAGAUGCAUCCACGUAUAAGCUUCUAUACAAGGCGUAUACUAAGGCAGAUAUGAAGGAGCGUGUGCAGAUGCUGAUGAAGAAAAUGGAGAAAGAUGGAAUUGUACCUAAUAAGAGAUUUUUCUUGGAAGCCCUUGAAGUUUUCGGGUCAAGACUACCUGGAUCGGAUUCAGGAAGGAGGAAAUCAACUGGCUCUACCAGGCUACAAGACAGUGCUAAAGACUUACUGGAAAGCAAUUGACUGAAUAAACUAAUAAAGAUGUGAAACUGAAGAAACUUUGGUGGAUGUGAAUAUGACUUCAUACACUCCAACGGACGGUUUUAUCCAGUCAUUCCCCUGAAUCAUGAAGCAGCAUUAGCAUGUUUGGGACACGAUUUCUUAGACUUGUUCAAGAUUGGAAAGGAAAACGGCAGAAAGAAGUAUUUGGAGAACUCGCGUGGAUAUGAUAAAUUUUCCAGAGCUGAAUCAAGAAAGCUUAGUCAAGAUUCAAGAAUAAGCAGCAGCCACUAUUUUCUUCAGAUCAAGAUGUACGAAAAGGGAAGAUCAAAGAGAAGAAAGAACUAUUCACUAUAUGGUCAUGUGAUCAAUUGGUAAUUUGUACACUAAAAGUUUUACAUACAAUAAAAAAACAAAACUUCAUUGCUGUGUGUCAUUUUAGAGGCUUAAAUUUCCAUAGCAUGCGGAAAA